AUGGACACAAGCGGGCCGCCUAGCGAGUCUACUAGGGCUACAUCCCCCGGAAGCAUGGCGGCGGCUUCAGCCCCUCCGCUAACCUCUGCACCCCAAACUUCCUCAAUCGCUAAAACAGCCGCUCAGCCGGUUACGCUAACGUCGCCGCCAACUCCCAGCCAGCAGUUCCUCAUCGCUGGCAAGGUUCAGGAGGCUAUCCGUCAAAUGCUUUCCGUUCACCAGGGUCAGACCGUCCGCAUUCCAUCCAACCCCACCCCGUCGACCGUCUUUGGCGUCGCAGAGACCGCUAGCGGCGUCGCAGGAGUCGCCGGGAGCGGCAGCAGGUCGCACCCAAUCAGCCCUGUGCGAAGCCGCGCGACGUUCUCGGAGCGGGGCAAGCCGCAGCAGCCCCAGCUCGCAGUCGGUCGCAGCGCCAGCAGCGGCGGAAGGCUUUCCACUGCUAGCGCUCGGGGUAGGAGCAGCGGCCUGAACGCGAGUGGCGGUGAAAUCAACGCGAAUAGCGGGCAGAACGCGAGUGAGGCGAGGAACGCUCAGCCUGCGCCGUAUCGCGGGGUUCGGUACCGGCCGUGGGGUCGGUGGGCGGCGGAGAUCCGCGAUGCCGGCGGGCGCGGACGAGUGUGGCUGGGGACGUUCGACACUCCCGAGGAGGCUGCGCGCGCGUACGAUGAGGCUGCGCGGGAAAUCCGCGGACCAAAAGCGCAGCUGAAUUUCCCCAAGGAGCCUCGGCUCUCCGGCCCUCUUUCCCAGACAUCUGUCUUCUCCCCCCUCAUGCUUCCCCGUGCUGCCAUCAUCCAGACAAGCCCCGCGCCCUCUGCCCCCGCCCUCCCCGUACCCCCCGCCCCGUCCACUGCGCCUGCUGCGACCGCCAUCCCUGCUGCUUCACCUUUUCCGCUCGGCGCAGCGCCCACCGCCCCUCUUGCGACAACGCCAGUAUCCAUAUCUGCGCAGAAGCCGAAACCCCUGCUGCACCUUCCCUUCCUCAACCAGCAAUUGCCUAAACAGCUCCAUGAUACCGCGAGACCUCGUAGUACCGUCACAGCCCCGAAUACUGCUCUACCGCCCCCUCAGCUCCCCUCCGCGCCUUCCGCCUGCGCGCCCUCCCCUUGUACUCCUUCCCCCGUCCCCGUCUCGCGGAAGCGUUCCGCGAUGGAGACGGUUAGCGAAGCCGCCGAGGCGACGCCUGGCCUGCACGAGCUGCGCGACACGGCGCUCCAACCAAGCACCCCCGCCGCGUCCGACGGCAAUGGCGCCUUCGGUUCCGUUGCUGGUGACUGGCGAGAUGCGGGUUUCAUGGCUGCUGACGUGGACGAGGAUGAUUGGAUGGCGCAGGCUGGGGGAGAUCCGUUUGGUUUUGGCGUGUUUGGACCCGUGGGGAAGAAGGCCAAGUCGGAAGGGCAUAGACCGUGGGGUAUGGGGGCGGGGAAAGGAGCGGAAGGGGAAUGCAGUGUGGUGACGUGGCCUGCCGUGUGCGAGGUCGACGGGGAAGAGGCUGGAUGCGGUGGAGAUUGGCGCACAGGGGUACAGCGAGCAAGAGCAGGGGGGGAGAGAGGUGAUGAUGGUCCUAAGAAGAGCUGGUGGGAGGAGGCACUGAUGAUGGACGACAUUCCCGAAAGAGCGGCGGAUGCUACGGCCCUCACGCUUCAAGAGAAAAACGCUGGUCGGAGCGAUGUCAAGCCGGCUGCAGGUGGUAGCUGGCAGGAGGGUUUGGUGGUACGAGCUGCAGCUACUGCAGGCAGCACAGACGCAGCCAUGAGUGUGAUUACAAAAGAUGGCGACUCUCAAAUGGGCUCGGGACGCAGCGUUGACUGUAUCAUGCGUGACUACAGCGGGGGAAAGGAAGCUGCGUCUCCAGUGGCGACUAAAGACGGGCCGGAUCAAUUUCCAACUGAGGUAGCAGAGCCAACACCUGCAGUCAUCGCGACGUCAGCUGAAGCUGACGUGGAUUGGCCAGCAGCUGAUUUGGAAGGGCUCAACCCAACAACUUGCUUCCUAACCACGGAAGGGGUCAACCUCGGCCUAGAUGCAUCCGUGGAUGCGCCUCUAGCGGUAGCAGUGCCGCCUUUCACGGUAGCAGCGGAUCUGCCUGCAUUGACAGCAACAGCCAUUCAAGACGAUUUCUUUACGGCAGCAGAUUUUGCAGUCACGGAAAUGGCGGAGGCUACAAUUUUACCCGACAUUGCUCCCGAGCAGAAAUUCGGCGCUUCAUUUUGGGACGAAGGCGAUGGAGAUUUCUUACGUUGUGACAGUAUCGAGGGGGAGGAGUUUGUAGCUCUGGGUGAGGAAGACAUGCCCAGCUCUUCUGACGGCACCGUCAGCUUCAGCUGCCGGUCAACGGGUAUGGAUUCCAUUUUCAGCUCAUCGCUGCCGUCAAGCUGCAGCGAUCGUGACGUUUUCACGGGAUUCGGGUUCUUGGGAUCUGGGAACUCCUUGGCUCCUUCAUUAGAAGCAUCUGCGACUAGCAGCGCGCCUAACAGUCAGCUCCCGUUAUACUCCACUAAUCACAGCAAGGCUCCCAGCAGCAGGCGGUCCGAAGGUCUGUACGCUCUGGAAGGUUGCGAGUAG